CUGCCGCCUUGUAGAUGGGCGCCAUGAUAGAGCUCAGGCCCUCCGCCGAACUCAGCGAAGGAGAGCUUCUGUUCGGCCUCGACAGCCGAGCCGAGUCUGACGCGGUCAGCGCCGUCACCUCGGCGCUGUCUGCCGCCCUGCGUGCCAACAGGGAGGACGGAACCCCAGAGGAAGGAGCAGCGCUUCCAUCCGGCAUACUUCAGCAACCAAGCUUUCAGACUGUCGGGGCCACCAAGAAGAGGGACAGGCCAGCAUCGCUUGCCAAGACCCCACGGCUCAUGACUAUAGUGCUGCCUGACCACUUAGACAGGAUGCCGCAGCUAAAGAAGCCACAGACGCGCUUGGCCAUUCAGAGCAAGGGGUUUGUGCCUCCCCACGAGCUGGUGUCGCAGCAGGACAUCCUGGCCAGCAGCCUGCCUGUAGAUCCCACGGGCUUGGGUGUCAGCGUCCGCAGCACCUUCCGCCCAGGAUCUGUCAUGGAGGGCAAGGGGCGCAAGCUGGCAGGCCUGGAAGCCGUGAGGUUCAGGAACGCAAUCAUGCGGCAGACGGGGUUCAUCGAGCCAGACUGCGCAGAUUUCUCCAUCAGCUAUGCGACAGGGAGCUGAACUGUACAGCAUUGGUAUCCCACCUAGACAGACGCAGGCAUGAGAGAGAGAGAGAGUGAGAGGCAGGAACAGACGACACAGGUCGCGCAAUUCAAAUUGUUAUUUGUGGCUUCCAUGCCGCGUUGCAAGGCAUGCGAGCAAAGGUUUGCGGGGCAGAGGUUGCCCGUC